GGUCCCGGUGCCGGUCCCGCGGCCCAUCCCGGCUGCCCCGACCAUGCUGUCGCGGGGAGCGGCGGGCUGGCGGGCGCUGCGCUGGGCGGGCAGGCGGCCGCGGGCUCGUGGGCUCCGCGCCUCUCCGCGGGCUUGGAGCGCCAUGCCCAGCUGGGUCAUAGACCGGUACGGCAGUAACGAGGUGCUGCGCUUCACCAGGGACAUGGUGUUCCCCAUCAUACACUUCCCGAACGAGGUCAUCAUUAGGGUUCACGCUGCGAGCCUGAACCCCAUCGACCUCAGCAUGAGAAGUGGUUAUGGUGCAACCGCCUUAAAUAUGAAGCGAGAUCCCCUGAAACUCAAAACCGAGGAGACUGAAUUUCCACUAACACUUGGUCGAGAUGUCUCUGGUGUUGUUAUGGAAUGUGGACUGAGUGUGUCUUAUUUCAAACCUGGAGAUGAGGUGUGGGCAGCAAUUCCUCCAUGGAAACAGGGCACUCUGUCAGAGUUUGUGGUAGCUAGUGGAAACGAGGUGUCUUUUAAGCCAAAGUGUCUCAGUCACAUAGAAGCUGCUGCCUUACCAUAUGUUGGUCUCACUGCAUGGUCUGCACUUAACCAAGUAGGAGGACUGAACAAAAGUAAUUGUAGUGGGAAAAGAGUAUUAAUAUUAGGAGCUUCAGGAGGAGUUGGUACAUUUGCUGUACAGCUAGUGAAGGCCUGGGGUGCUCACGUGACAGCAGUUUGUUCUCAUGAUGCCAGCACACUGGUGAAAAAGCUUGGAGCGGAUGAUGUGAUUGAUUACAAAUCUGGAAAUCUGGAAGAGCAACUUAAAACAUUACCCUUAUUCGAUUUUAUCCUAGAUAAUGUUGGUGGAUCCACUGAGAAGUGGGCAUUAGAUCUCUUGAAGAAAUGGUCAGGAGCAACAUAUGUUACCUUAGUGACACCUUUCCUGAUCAAUAUGGACAAACUUGGAGUGGCUGACGGCAUGUUACAAACAGGAGUCACUGUUGGUUCCAAAACUCUAAAGCAUCUUCUUAAAGGAGUCCAUUAUCGGUGGGCUUUUUUCAUGCCAAGUGGCCCAAGUUUGGAUGAAAUAGCAGAACUAGUUGAUUCUGGAAAGGUCUCUCUUCUGUUUUGUGAAAGUGUACAGUGUCCUGUCACUAACUCUAAAUGGCGUAUCCUGGCUUUCCCAGCCGGCCAUAUGAUGAACCUGACAAGUCUCUUCAGUUUCCCAGCUGUGCACAGGACUCUGGAGAGCAGCCUCCAACAAGCAGGGGGAGCUUCUGUUUUGCCGGGCACCCACUUGGGAGAAAACCCUUACAAACCGUCUAUCCAUUUUCAUGUUUAAAAACAGACAUGAUAUGUAUCAGCCCGAGAAGCUUCCCUAAUGGUGACUUACAACUACAGCUAGCUGUCCAAGUGUCCUGAUUCAGCAUUCCUACAGGUACAACAGUACCCAUGCACUAUUAAAAGUAAAUUGGUUGUAUAAGGGUUCUGUACUUCUACAGUUUUUAGUGUUAAUGUUGAGAAAUAUUUAUGUUAAAAGACAGUACCAUAUGUUAUUAAAACUGAAAGAAUUAACAAAAAUGUAGUUCAGUCUUCCACUCUUAUUUAGCACUGUUCUUUAGGAAGAGCUCACCUACAUGUGGGAUCUUGCUAGCAGGUGGUAUUACACAAAGAUCAUAUGGGGUCAAUUUUGCUUUGUUUCCAUGAUUCUGAGCACCUUUUUCUGUGAAAUGGUAAAUGUUACUUACGGUAGCUAACACUGUCCUUAUGUCUCUAGACCAUGCUCUUAAAUAUUCUCUCAGUGGAAAAUGCUUUGAUAGAAGCUAUCUUCAUAUUAUUCCCCCUGUACUUUGUGAGGUUGAAUAGUUACCAUGUCAUUUCAGUUUACUGGUUUAUGACACUACUUACCAAAUACUGUGGACAAGUAAUUUAAGAUACAGGGGCUUCUUGGAACACAAGUGUUUGUGGGAGACAUUACUGUGACUUAAAUUGUCAGCAUUUAAAUUCUGUCCCAGUUCUGUAUUUUCUGGCUUCCACAAUGAUUACUAUUUAGUACUAUUUAGAUUCUGUUUGUUUCUUAAUGGUUGUGGUGUUGUCAUGUUUUUAAUUAUGAACUGCAUAUUUAUCAGCUAAAUGAUUCUGAAAAAAUACUUCUGUAUUAAUCAUCUCAAAUUAUUGCAAAACACAGCAAGACUCAGAGCUAAACAUCUUUAAAAACUCCAAAAGUUUAAAGAACAGAACAAAUUAAAUAUUUGCUAAUUUUAUAAAUCCUUCGUCAAGCCCAUAAGAAAUGCUGGCAUGGCCAGGGCAAAAUGAAGUAUUCUUUUUCCCUUCCCACAUUUCUCCACCCUACUCAACUGGUUUGGUUUAAAAAUUUGAUUACUUCCCCUCCAUGAAUUUUGAAGGAAAGACUUCAAUGUUCUUCUCGUCAUGGUUGCAGCCCAACAAUAGGAACAAAUUGUAUAGAAAGGAUAGAAGGAAAAAAACCACAACAACUUGGAUAAAUUAUAACAACGUUCUCAUGUUUUCCUACACAUUUUAAACCACAAUAAGGAAUUACUGUGCUGGGCAUCACUAUAACAUCCUGUUACAAGACAUACAGACAAUGAAUAAUGUAGCUGUUCUGAGUGUUAUCAAAAGCUCUUAUGUGAUCCAUGCUUCACCAUAUCUGAUUUUUUUCCAUUCUGUUUAUAUACCAUUCUCUUCAAUUCGCACAACUACAUCAAAAGAGCAAUCCCAAAGCCAUGGCUUAUGAAUAAGAUUCCCCAAAAAUCCUUCAGUUCACAUAUACAUUUAAAUAUACAUCCAAACAUAUGUAUCUGUACACAUGUAAAUAUAUAAAUGUAAAUAAAAUUGCUAUAUAUAUUUUAGCUUAUAAAAA